CAAAUUUGAAAAGGUGGCCGCUGCGCCGCCAGCGGAGGAACAUGUAGCUCAGAGAGAGCGGCUGUGGGUGCAAGCUGAGGCCUGAGACCUGGACCUGAUGAAACAAGACUGCCGACUGGACUCCACAGCCUUUGUUUUAGCCCUAUUACAUAUAAAAGUCACUUGGCAUCCUUGACUACAUCUUGGUCUGAACAGUGUUUUGGACAAAUAGUGCACACAGGGGGAGGAGGAUGAAUUGCACCCCUGAUUUGGAUGUCUACCCCGAGAGCUGUAAAAAUCAGCUCUGCUAUGGAGUCUCGUUUGACAGCGGCUACUCCGGUUUAUUUAACAGCCCACGGAGUGCCAGUGGAACCAAGUAUAAUCCACGUUGGUCCUUGUCUUCAGAGGAGUUCAAUGAAACACCUAAAGAAAACCUCCAGUUGUCUGUCACCCCAAAGAAGGAGAGGACAAAAGAACCAGUCAGAUCUUUAGACAAAGAUUUCAGGGGGCUACAACAGCCAUUAACAGUCGGCUGGUGUGAAACUCCCAAACUUACAAAGAGAGAUGCCACAUUGCGACGCAGGCUUCUCACAUGUAAAUCUGUCACAGAUGUUAAAACUGACAGCACAAGAUCGCCAUACACUACUAAGAGGACUGAAUGUUCCUGCAGUGUUGGGUCUGAGCUUUGUUUCAGUGCAUGCUUUGACUCUCCAGACACUGUGAUAUUGGGAACUUUAGCAUCAAGCACUUUGAAAUCUGAAUUGGAUGUGCCGCUGUCCGGUGGGAAACGUCGCCUCCUCUUCUCUCAGGUGAGGACCUCCACUCUCCAAGAUGGUAAACACAACAGCCGUGACCUCUCCAGUUUUGAGAGGAAGGAUUCUCUGUCUGACACAUAUCUCAAUGAAAGCAUUAUCUCCUCUGAACAACUCACUACUGAGACCCCCUGCCUGAGAAAACUCCUGCCUGCCCUGUCUAAGGAAAACCCUCAAACACCAGUCAACAGUGUUGGAGUCAAUCUCUGUGAGAGUCUUAGUGUGCUAAACACACCAUCAUUCACACCUAAAUACAACAGGUCCGUGUCUGAGGACAGUGGUUUUAGUUCCCUGACUCUUGACAAAUCCCAGGACUCGUCAGUGGACCAUGACGGCUCAUUUCAGGAACUGCUGCUCUCUGCCUCAAAGGGAAACUGUGAAACCCCAAAUCCAGCAGAGAUAAAGCGGCGCUCCCGUUUGCAGCGCCAGCACAGGCUUUCCACGCUUAAAGAGGGGGGCUCUCAGUCUGAGGAAGACAUCAGAAACAUCAGUCAAGUUUGUACAGCUGCUGACUUGACGGAGAGAAAUAAUGAACAUAGUCACCAUUGCCACAGUGUCUCCAAGGAGGAUGAUGUUUUUGGUGACAAUGCCACUCCUCUCAGUGCCACUUCUGGCAAACUAGGUAAUGCUGUGACCCCGCUUGGGAGGAUCUCCAUGAAGCAAGACUAUGUCACCCCUCAUCGGUCAGCCAUAGCCAAGCAAGAUAACAUAACACCUUGCAGCACAGCCUCUACCUCCAGAGAUGUUACUCCCCUGAGGAAGGCGCCAGUCAAUCUCUCACUGACUCCAGCUUUGCAGCUCGUUCAUGCCAUGUGCCAGCGGAAAGCCCAGAUGUUACUUGAUCAGAGUCCAAGUCUGGAGGAGCAGCUGAAGUCUGCGGCAUCACUGGCAGAGACCCCUGUUACACUCAAGACUACCAUGCCAUUGUCAGGACUCAUCGGCAGAAAGAUGGGCCUCGGGCAAGUGGAUAUCCUCACAGAGCUGAAGAAGAGGAACCUGAGGCACAUCCUGGCUGUCAUACUUGGUCAGCUGUCCUCAGAGGAUGUCUACAGUGUUGGGCAGGUGUGCAAGAGCUGGAAUGAAAUCAUCCAGCAAGACAAGCAGGCCAGCCACAGGAGAAGACUUCACCUAAAUGAAGUGGAGGCUGCCCUUGAGCUUGGUGGUGCUGUCCACGUCCCAGAUGCAGAGACUAGACUGACUCUGCUGAGGAGGUCUGUCCUCAAGUCGGUCCAGGCCCAGUCCAGGACCUCAAGCUACUGCACCCCGCAGUCUGGAAAAGGCACUUUAACCCCAUUACAGCACAGCGCUUCACAUUCAGGCAGCAGCAGCAAACGGGAUAAGUUCCUGCAGAUUGCCAAAACCCUCUUCAAUGAUGAGUGCCUCAAAGCAUGCCCGCGAUGCCAGCAUCCAGCGAGGUGUCACUCAGUUAAAAGAGAGGCAGUGUGCAGCAGAAUUGACUGUAGUUUCCAGUUUUGCACAGCUUGCUUGUGUGCUUUCCACGGCUCCAGAGAGUGUGGCAGCCACUCCGCCAUCCGUCGCAACAAGAAGGACACACUUCUUCCAGGGAGCGCUCAAAGUAAGCGAAACCUAAGGAGACUGUGAAUGAGCGGAGGAUGAAUUUUAUUCCCUCAUGCUGAUCAAGCGUCACUUUGCAGUCUGGUUGUGAGUGGGCAAGGCAUGGCAACGAGGAUACUGAUAUCUGGUCAAUACUCAAGGACAAAUUGUCUGCCCAUUGAUGUGUUUGUGCCUUUCUGCAUGUCUUUGUACUGUAAUUUUUGUCUCUUUUUUCAGUAGACUCACUUUUAUGUUUUUAAUUAUGAAUGUGGAAGAGGUCUCACCAGCAGUGAUUGAAAUCGGUGGAGCACUUUCUCCCACAGACUCAAAUUGAUCUACUGUACAGAUUUUUUUUUUAAAUUCUUUUAUGAGAUCCUCAGGUUUUACCCAUGUCUUAUAUCUUGUUCACUUAUGAUUGUACAGUGUUCUCAGAUAGUUUUAAAUAAAAUUGUUUUUUAAAAUA